GAGACGAGCAAGGGGCCUCCUCGUUUCUUUCUUUCUUUCUUGUCGAAGAUUGUUAUUAUUAUGGCUGACUAGUUGUAUCCAAAUUUAAAUUGGAAUCAGAAUAGCAAAGAGCCGGUCAUUGGGCUUGGCUUGGCCCUUUGCUAGCUUUUUCCUUCGCCUUUUUUCUUUGUUUUUUUUUUAAUACUUUUAAGAAAAUUUAUCAGAUUCACUUACUUUUUCACUUUUGAUAUAAUUUUGAAAUACCAUUAUAAAGUCUUCGAUCGUUUUAAAUUCAUAAGGUUUUGUCGUCUUCAAUUUCUCUCUUCCACUACUGUUAGAGUUACCGUUUAAAAUAAGUUUGUUAAUAUAAUGGAGUAUCCUUCAUUUUCAUUAUUGAGUUUUGCAGAGGAUUCUUCUGAAUGUGUUAGGGAUUUAGUCUAAAUGACAUUUAUAUUAUCUUGUUAAAGGACUGCCUGAGCAGACUUGGUGAACGAGUGAAGCGAUUGGCUUCUUUCAAGAAAGAGGCCGUAGAGAGAUUCUUAUCAGCUAUGGUCCCCGUGGGAAACCAGGCCGGAGGACAGUCGCUCUUAAACACCAUCAAAAUUGCUGUUCUGCCUAUAGCCAAAGUUUUUACCAUGUGCUUCUUGGGAUUUCUUAUGGCCUCCAAGAAUGUUAACAUCUUGCCAGCUAGUGGAAGGAAACUCUUAAAUGGGCUGGUUUUUUCGCUUCUGCUACCUUGCUUGAUAUUUUCUCAACUUGGCCAAGCUGUCACUUUAGAGAAAAUGUUGGAGUGGUGGUUUAUUCCCAUGAAUGUUGUUCUGGGCUCCAUAUCUGGGUCAAUAAUAGGUUUUGUUGUUGCAUCCAUUGUCCGGCCACCUUACCCAUUCUUCAAGUUUUCAAUCAUACAAAUCGGAAUUGGGAAUAUUGGGAAUGUGCCACUUGUCUUGAUUGCAGCUCUAUGUAGAGAUACAUCCAACCCUUUUGGCGACUCAGAAAAAUGUAGCACAGAUGGGACUGCCUACAUCUCAUUUGGCCAGUGGGUUGGUGCAAUCAUUUUAUACACAUAUGUAUUUAACAUGUUGGCGCCUCCACCGGAAGUUACCUUCGAUAUUGAGGAUGCGAAUCUUUCCAUCAAGUGCCCAGCAAAAGAUGCUCCCCCUGAGCAAGUCCCAUUGCUUCUCCAGGAGGAUGCACCAGAAGAAUUGGAUGCGCUAAAGAGAGGGAAGAUUAAACAAUUUCUGGUCUUUCUCUAUGUCAAAUUGAAGCUCAAGCAAAUUCUUCAGCCCCCUAUCAUUGCUUCUAUCCUAGCUAUGUUCCUUGGCGCAGUACCAUUCUUGAAGCGAUUGAUCUUUACAACUGAUGCUCCACUUUUCUUUUUCACUGACAGCUGUAUGAUUCUCGGGGAGGCCAUGAUUCCAUGCAUUUUGUUGGCACUAGGAGGCAAUCUCAUUGAUGGACCGGGAAGUUCUAAACUUGGUUUUCGGACAACUGCCGCUAUUAUUUUUGGUCGGUUAGUUUUGGUGCCUCCUGCUGGACUUGGCAUAGUUACAUUGGCUGAUAAGCUUGGCUUCCUCCCUCCUGGUGAUAAGAUGUUCAAGUUUGUCCUGCUUCUGCAACAUACAAUGCCUACAUCUGUCCUUUCUGGUGCCGUGGCCAAUCUAAGAGGCUGUGGAAGAGAAGCUGCUGCUGUUCUAUUCUGGGUUCAUAUUUUUGCUAUUUUCUCAAUGGCUGGAUGGAUUGUCCUUUAUCUCAACUUACUGUUCUGAAAUCGCUGCGUUAAGUAUGUGUUUCUUAACGGUUGGCCGAGUUAACAAACGAAGCUUUGUUUGUAAGUGCUGCAGAAGGUGCUGUAGAAUAUAUAUAUUAAGCUUCAGUAUGAUUCCUUUUUUUAUCCA